CGAUGCCGUACGUCAGCGACGGUUCGGUCGUGGAACGGCGGUCGGCGUUCCGUCUGAGCCUGAUCACCGACGUCUUCUGGCGACUCGUGAACGUCGUGUACGCGUUCUUCCAGACGAUGAUCAGCGCGGAGUACAGCGAGACGUACGCCGGGAAGAAACGAGGAGGCGGUAAGCGCGUCGGCGGCCUCGGCUUCGGCGGCGGCGGCGGCGGGAUGGGAGGCGGAGGCGGAGGCGGAGGCGGGCGACCGGGCGGCGGCGGAGGAGGCCGCGGAGGCAUGUCGAACGUGCGAGGGAUCGACCACUCCGCGGCUUCGUCCGCGGGCGGAUGAGGACGGUAAGCGUUCAGGGGUUCACCCCGGGCGUCGUUCGUCGUAAAGGCGCGUCGCACGGCGCGACGCGACGCGACGCGACGCCCGGACCCCUUGGACGCGCCGUCCGACGACCGCGUGAUGAAAGAGCCGACUGAGAGGACGAGAUGACGCGGCGGUGGUCAACCCAUGAGACGCCACCGCCGCCGAUGCCGUCCGCGACGCCGGUCGUCGCCGCGGGGGAACGAUCGAAUCGAAUCGAAUCGACGCCCCGGGCGAGGGCCGACGGCGUUCUGUUUGGCGAAGUCGUGUAACAACAAGAACAAAAGAGAACGAAAGGUUUCGGUU